ACAUGUCACUACAUACAAGAAACCUGUUGAAAUACGUGUUUAUGCUGUAGAGGAAGGGGUAUGGAGUUAUCACAAAGGGGCGUAAACAGUGGGGAGGCCCCACAGGUGAACGUUGAAAUUAAAGGUGGGAUUAGGCUUAAACGGAACCUCGGAUUAAUCAGUGGAACUUCUAUAAUCGUGGGGACCAUUAUAGGUUCAGGUAUUUUCAUUUCCCCUAAAGGAGUGUUUCAGGAGACAGGAUCUGUGGGGUUAAGUCUUGUGGUAUGGGCUGCAGUAGGUUUCCUAUCUCUCACUGGUUCUCUUUCCUAUGCGGAGCUUGGGAUACUAAUUCCAAAGUCAGGAGGAGAGUACAGUUAUAUAAUGGUCGCAAUGGGAAGGGUGAUGGCUUACCUAUUUGCAUGGACUAAGAUCAUAGUGCUCAACCCAUCCUCCAUGGCCAUCAUCUGUCUUACCUUUGCAGAGUACUUCAUUGCUUUAUUCGACUUGUGUGGAGAGCAGCCGGUACCAAAGAAAGUGAUCGCUGCUCUUGCAAUGAUAACUCUUGCAAUAAUAAAUUGCUGGGACACCAAAUUUGCAGCCAGUGUGCAGGUCUUUUUCACUGUGGCUAAGCUGAUAGCUCUCAUCAUCAUUGUUAUUGGCGGUCUUGUCUGGCUAGGGAAAGAAGAGGUGAAAACAUUUCAGAACGGAUUUGAAGACUCCACGAAUUCUCCGUCUGGAAUAGCUCUAGCUUUCUAUGAUGCCUUGUGGGCUUACGAUGGAUGGAAUAAUUUGAAUUUCAUUACAGAGGAGCUAAAAAAUCCUUACACAAAUUUGCCCCGUGCUAAUACCAUUGGAGUACUUUUGGUGACUUUCGUCUAUGUUUUGACCAACAUUUCAUAUCUUGCUGUACUAGGAAAAGAUGGACUUCUCAAUUCUCAUGCAGUUGCUGUGGACUGGGCUAAAAUCGUUCUUGGUAAGCAAGUUGCCAUUGUAAUGCCCAUCUUUGUCAUGUGCUCAACAUUUGGUGCUGCCAAUGGUACACUUUUUGCCGGCGUCAGAACAUUAUACGCUGCAGGCAGGGAGAAACAGUUCCCAGAAGUACUAUCAUACGUUAGUGUGCGACGUCUAACUCCAAUGCCAUGUGUUAUAUUCACGACCGUGAUCGGCUUGCUGAUGUUAAUUCCUGGAGAUAUUGGAAGCCUGAUCGACUUCUUUAGUUUUGCUGCCUGGAUGUUUUAUGCGUUAGCUAUUAUAUCUCUAAUUAUAUUGAGGUUCAAGUGGAAGGAUGCUAAAAGACCAAUGAAGAUCUUUAUCCUCUUUCCAGUCGUUUUCUUGCUGUGUUCAUUGUACUUGGUGGUGGCUCCGAUCAUACAAGAUCCAAGACUAGAGUUCCUCUAUGCAUUUCUUUUCAUUGUGGGCGGACUUUUCCUUUAUCUACCAUUUAUUCGCUUCAAAAAUAAUAAAGGGUGUUUUAAACGCGUCACAUUGUUUAUACAACUCUUGAUGGAAGUUUGUCCAAGUCCAUAUGUGCCUGAAUUUUGAUAAUUAACUGCUGCCAUAUCUGAAGCAAUUUGCUAGCAUUCUAAGGCUAUUAAAGUAAAAUGAAGAUUAAAGGGGAAGAGGAGAAAAAAGACCGAUCAAUUAACAUUAUCAGUUUGAAAUUACUUUCUGAAUGCUUUAUGUAAAAUCUUACUAAAAAAGCUUUCUAUCAUCUAAAAAAACUAUAUGUAAUAAUUUACCUGAGGAUUGUGAGAACUCACCAACCUUACAGACUUUUAUUAGACAAUUUUGUAAAAUAUGUCUAGAACAGAAAUCUAAACCUUAGUAGUAUAAUUAUGAUAAAGGUUUAGAAAAUUUUGCAUAUAAAUACAUGUAUGGUUUUGUAUAACAUUACUACUCCUGAAAACAUUAUUUUAUUAUAUAUUCCAAUGUAAAAGUAUGAUCCUAUUAGUGGAGCCAAACUAUCCCUUGGGAUCAGUAUUUGAACAAACUUGAAUCUGCAACAUAUGGUGCAACUUGCAUAUUAAUAUGCCUAGUCGUAGGCUUCAAUUUCUUGGAAAGGAGGAUUUUUUUUUUUACAAUUAUUUUUCAACAUAUUCCCAUUUUUAAAAAAAAAAUUGAUCCCUUAAUCAUGGCCCCACUCUACCCUACGAGCCAUGAUUUCAAUAAACAUUCAUCUGCACUACCUGGAAUUUCUUUCAAAAUAUGACUAAUUAUGACCUGGUCUUUCUCAAGAAAAUUUAUAAAGAUUUUUUUUAAAAGAUCGUUAUGCCAGGGGUAGACAGGGGGUAGGCAGAGGAUCAAAGUUUUACACAGAAAUAUAUACAUGAAAUCUUUAAAAUUCUUCUUCUUAAGAACAACAUGCAAUGGUAAGUGAUAUUAAUAAGCAGGUAUCCUCAGGUAGUGCAGAUUCAAAUUUGUACAAAUCAUGACCCCGGGUAGAGUUGCAUCAAAAAAUGGUGAUCAAUUUUUUUUCAAAGGAAUAUAUAGAAAAUAAAUUAAAUUUCAGGCAUAUAUUCAAACAAGUAAAUUCAAAGAAAUUUGG